GUUGACCGUCUAGUUUUAGUGGCACGUGGAUGUUGUAAACAGCUUCUCUGGGUUUAUAUCUUCUGUCCAUGGCUGGUAUUAGCGCCCACAUUUUUUGUGAUUAUUUAGCUGCUGUUGACAGGUUUCAGCCGUUUCUGUCUCUUCGGUAGCUGCUGGCGGAGCAUGGGGUCUGUGAGGCUGCUGUCCGUGGAUCCAUCAGACCGGGGCUCCCAGAGAUGCAGGCUGGGUCCGGGCAUGAUGUCGGCGCUGGGUCUGCGCCUGGGCUCCCCUCUGCUGGUGUCUGUCCCUGGUGGAAGCUGCUUGUGCACUGCCUGGCCCCGGCCUGACCUGGCAGAGGGCUUCCUGCAGAUGGACCUGAAAUGUUUCUCUCCCAGUCUUCUCUCUCGGGUCCCCUCACACCUGAGCCUGGACCCCGGUCAGCUAACACCUGUGCCCUGCCUCAAACUGAAAGGUGUUAGGAUAACCGUGAUAGUCCAGAGUGUUGACUUCAGGAAACGCACGCCGCAUCGCCUUGUUCAUGAACUUGUAAAAGACAUGCUCAGAGGUGUUUGUGUCCAUAAUGGGUUUGUGAUAAACCUGGAGGAUUUUGAUACAGAGAUCAGAUAUGUUGUUAUUGAAAGCAUCAAUCCAGAGUCGGAUAGCGCUGGAUUCAUCACUUCGAAGACUUCUGUGGGAAUAGUGGGCAUCCAGACGAUCCAGCAUUACAGGAGUCAGCUGCAGGACCGGCACACAGUGCAGCUGGGGGGACUGGAGGAGGUGAGUGCAUCCCUUAGAGAGAUGCUGAAGCUGCCGCUUCUCUAUCCAAGCACCCUGAGCUCUCUCGGUGUGUCCUGUCCCAGAGGUGUGCUUCUGGUGGGGCCUCCGGGUGUAGGCAAGACCCUGUUGGUCCGCCAAGUGGUGGGUGAGGUGGGAGCGAGCCUGGUGGUGGUCAGAGGGCCAGAGGUGGUGGGAUCCCGACCAGGUGAGAGCGAGGAGACGCUGCGGACUGUGUUUGAGCGGGCUCGAUCUGCAGCAGAAGAGGGUCCCUGUGUGCUGUUCUUAGAUGAGCUGGACUCUCUGUGUCCGAGGAGAACCGGCUCAUCGGCACCGGAGAACCGCCUGGUCGCUCAGCUUCUCACACUGAUGGACGGGGUGAAUCGGUCUGACCGCUUCCUCAUUGUCGGAGCCACCAACCGGCCGGACAGCUUAGACCCAGCACUGCGCCGGCCCGGACGAUUUGACAGAGAGAUUAUAAUUGGAGCUCCCACCUUGCAACAGAGGAAGGCCAUCUUGUCUGUCCUGUGUGAGAGGAUGCCCGUGUGUCCCGGUGUAAACAUGACAGAGCUUGCGCAAACAACUACAGGCUACGUCGGCGCAGACCUCAGUGCCCUGUGCAGGGAGGCCGCCAUGCACGCUCUACGGGAAAACUCCAAGGGUUCAGGGGAGCAGGUGGUGAGCAUGAAGCACUUCCAUGAGGCCCUGAAGUCAGUGCGUCCCUCCUGCCUUAGAAGCAGCAUGGGCAGGACGGAGCUCUCUCCAAUGGCUUGGGAGCAAAUUGGAGGCUUGGAUGACGUCAAACUCAAACUAAGACAGAGCAUCGAGUGGCCAAUGAGGUACCCCGAGGCCUUCGUUCGUUUGGGUCUGUGUCAACCCCGUGGUGUGCUGCUCUACGGACCUCCUGGAUGUGCAAAGACAACACUUGUCAAGGCUGCAGCUUCGUGCUCCAACUGUGCCUUUCUGUCCGUCAGUGGUGCUGACCUCUACUCUCCCUAUGUUGGAGAUUCAGAGAAGGCUUUAGCACAGCUGUUUCGUCAGGCCCGGGCCUGCGCUCCCUGCAUCCUGUUCCUCGAUGAGAUCGACUCAUUGAUUGGCUCGCGGUCAAACGGUCAGACACCAAACAGCGUACAGACUCGUCUUCUCUCUGUGCUCCUCAAUGAGAUGGAUGGGAUUGGUCUGAAGACUCUGGAGAGGAGAGGGACUGAGAAGAUCCUCCAGGCAGAAGGAGUUGAAGAGAAUCGCACACAGGAACAGGUGGACUGCCAGGAAGUAUGCAAUAAAGAUGUGAUGGUUGUAGCCGCCACAAACAGACCUGACUGCUUAGAUAGCGCCCUCCUCAGACCCGGCAGGCUCGAUCACAUCAUUUAUGUCCCGCCACCUGACCAACAGGCUCGAUUUGCUAUCCUGAAGGUGUGCGCGAAGUCGAUGCCUGUGGGUGCUGAUGUGUGUCUGGAGGAUCUCGCAGCGAAGACUGGGCUUUUCUCUGGAGCUGACCUGGAAAAUCUUUGUAAAGAGGCUGCUCUUUUGGCACUGCUAGACGAGAACAUGGAGGCCUCAGACAUCAAACACACGCAUUUCCUGCGGUCCCUCAGCAAAAUGAGCCCCUCUCUCACUGCACAGCAGAUCCACACAUAUGAAACACCUCCCAGAUGA